GCCAUUACCCCUCGGCCUGUAUCUCGGGAACGGCUGGAGCUAGAAAACUGUGAGGGGUGUCGUUGAAAUCGUCUCGACGAACUCUAUCAUCUGGCCCCUACAUUUUUUCACGAAAAAUCCAGCCACCAGAAAAAUCACCGGCAGGGAACUCGGAACCACAUCACACGCCAAGGCAUACUCCGUCAGCGGCAGCAGGACAUCGCCAGCACGCGACGCAGCGGCAACAACAUCGUCGUCACAUUAAAUAGUUAUACGAGUCCAUCACCGUAGGUAGUUUAUUUAAUUAAUUAAUUAAGUUAUCACACAACACAAAAUUAGCCUGUAAUUUACCUUUAUUUCUUCAAUCUCCUAUCUAACAUAAUGUCAGCCCCCAUGAAAUCUAACUCCGCCAUCGCAAGCAAGGUCAAGCCGACGCGGUCGCUUCGGGAGAAGGUGCUGUCAAAGUCAGCGAAGUCUGUCGCCUCGGAAAGGUUGGCGCAACCAUCGCAGACGUGCACAGCGGACCUAAAGCCGAAAGCGGCCUCGGUGUCAAACGCGGCGGACCAAAGGACGGCAGUGCUCCAACAGCUGAAGAGCCCCGUCACUGCUUACAGCUCGGCCUGCUCGGAAGCCUCCGACCAGCAACGCACGAGGGAAAACCAGCGAGUCUCGGAGAUAGUAAUUGAAUGGGAACAGUGCAACGUCUCCCCACCCAAACACAUUGUCACAGACGAGGAGGACUCAGACGCCUCGAGCCGGACAGACUACACGUCCGGCAGGAGGGCGAGCAUCCUGUACAGGACACCGAAGAGAGGUACAGGUGUCCAUAUGGACCUCGCCACAAGAGAGGCGAAUACCCUCCUCCAACAGGGAAAAGAGGCGUUGGAAGCGGCCGGCAACAUGAAGCGGGAAUGCAAGGCCACCGCUCAGGAAAGCCUUCAGGGCCUGUACGAGACGGUCCUCUCCUUGUCGGACUCCAGGGCAAGGCACAAAUAUAACCUGGAGAAGGAGAGGUCUCGGCACGCACAGGAGCUAGUGCGCGCAGAGCGGGCUCACACUCGGGACAUGCUCGCUCUCAAAGAGACCCUCGCCACGGAGCUGUGUGGAGCAAGGGAGGACAUACGGGACACCCUGAAGGCCACCAAGAACAUCAGAGAGUGGCUAGGCUCGGAGACCCUCGAGGCGCUGAAAGCAAGCGCUGAAACGAAGAAAGGCGUCCAAGCGCUUGAGGCGACUAUUAGGAAAGAGGCGGAGAGCACGCGUAAGGAGAUAGCCAGAGGCUCUGGGUCGCCGGGAAAAGACAUCCCGAACCCAAUCCUUAUGCGCCUCGAGCUGAAUAUCGCCAACAUAACUAAUCAGCUCGAUACUCUCCGCAAACAGCUGGACCGCCUCAAGCAGACGCCAAAGACUCCAGCCACCAGCAGCAGCGCGCAGUCCAUCCAGCACGAAUGCUGCAUCACCCCCGCAAUGGUGACGGCCGCCUCCACGAUGGAAAGACUGGAGGCACAAGUAUUAAAAUUAACCACACAACUCACCACACACAUUAACACACCCCCUCCUCCUCAGCAAGACAUCAGCCGACACUUCAAGCCACUGAAGGAGAAGCUACAGUCAGUGUCCUCUGAUAUCAGAGACCUCCGCGACAGGCCAGCCCCCACACCCGCAGCGCCAAACCUGCAAUCGGAGCUCGCCAUCGUAGAGGUCAAGCGGACGCUGGCUGAAGUGGUCAGAGGAAUCGGCAAGAUGAGCGAGAGGACACCCGCACCCCAACAACCGAAGCCAGCGGCAAAACCCACCGUCCAGCCACAGUCCGGACACACCCUAAUUGUCUCCUCCAACGAUCCGAAACACACGGGAGACAAUGUCAUGGACAAAAUCAGAGUGGCACUAGACCUGAAGACCUCGGGGGCAAAUAUUAAUAAGACCAGAAAGGCGAAAAACCAAAAGGUCAUCCUAAGCUGCGCGACAAAAGAAGACAUGGAUGUCGUAAAGCGCCAGAUCAUCGGCAAAAAUGACCUGAAGGUACAAGAGCCGAAACCGGGAAAUCCUCUGGUCUGUCUAAGAGGCGUCGAGGCCUACCAAACGGAUGCAGAAAUGGAGAGUCUCCUAUGGUCCCAAAAUAGGAAAAUCCUCCAUGGCAUCGAACCGGGAAGCCAGACGCUGAAGCUUAGAUUCAGGAAGAGAGCCCGUGAUCCCGUAAUCUGCCACCCAGUCUUCGAGCUGUCCCCAGAACUGUGGAAACGGUUCACACAAGGCGAAGCCAAAGUUUUCUGUGGCCUAAAGAGGGUCCCUGUAGAGGACCAGUCCCCUCUGGUACAGUGCAGCAAGUGCAUGGGAUAUGGUCACACAAAGACCAUAUGCACCGAUAAAGCACAAGUCUGCAGCUUCUGCUCAGCAGAGCAUAUCGGGAGGGGCUGCCCCUGGAAAGCGAAGGGAGAGGACCCCAAAUGUGUGAACUGCGUCCGGGCAAAGAAGGAAGGGGACGAAUUGAAGCACCCCUCCUACAGUGCAGACUGCCCGGAACGACAGAAAUGGGACAACAUAGCUAGGUCUAGGAUCGCAUAUUGCUAACGAGGAGGGCACUCAAGCGCA